CUCCGAGACAGUGAACGGAGGUGAGAGCUGGCACGCUGCAGCUACCCGCUGCCGGGUUCACCUCAAUCUAUUGUUGUUUGCUCCAUCCCCGUCGCGCACUGUCUCAGCGGCGGCUGGCGGAUUCGCGGUGACUCUUAGAUGACGGAGUGAGGGAGUGAGGCUGCACGGGGCUGCACCUGCCUUCCAUACGACGCCACGUGACGACGCGUUCCUGCCUCAGCCCCGCACAUAAAGCGCCACAGCCUACUCGACCUCCUCUCUUCCUCACCCCAACUCACCCCAACUCACGCUCGCAACAGUCAACGCCUGCUGCCCACCAUCUCCCCCAACAUGACGAGGUACGUCGUCCAGGUGCUUGCUCCAGGCCGCCGCACGGCCAGCCUACUCGUCGUUCUCGCGCCCUCUCAGCUAUGCUCAGCCUUGCUCGACAAAGUCAAGAACCGCAUCUCGAGCCUGAAGUUGGGCUUAGACUCAGCCUCAGAUGCACAUAUCACACUGCACCUCAACGCUCCCGACGGACCUAUCCUGGAUACUGAGGACCUACUCUCCGACGCCUUGCCUGAUGCCGAGGAGAAAGUGUUCGCCGUCAUCAACGACGGAUCUUCAGCGGGAGAUUCUCAAUCUCGACGGGACACCCAUGGGCCUGGGCCCUCUCAGCAAGCUAUUGGAAGACGGCUUCGUGUACGAGUGAUUACGCCCGAAUUGGGUCGCUCGCAGGAUGUCAGCGCAAUUCCUCUCUUGCCGGAAGCUGCUGUAACCUUCAAGAGCACCCUGAAGGACCUCAAGACACAAGUGCAACAGCACCUUGGUCUUGGCGCUGGCGAUGAAGAGAGAUAUGAAGGCUGCCAUUGCAACUGCAGUUUCGCCCGACAAAUUGAUUCAAACGCCUCCCUGAAUGAGCUCGGAGCUGGCGAUUUGGAUGCUUUGCACACAUUGCUUGUGGUCUACGACAAUAAUAGGGUCGCUCGGCUCUCGAUCGAUGAGCCUACCAAGGCGCACCUACAGUUGACGGUGAGGCAGCACCUUGUGGACCGGUUGAGCGAGCAUAUGUCUAUGAUUGGCGGGCUCCCGGAUCCAGGUACCAGUAGCAACCCGCGCUACUUGAAGCUGCCAAUCCUUGCUUUCUGUUCUCCGGAGCGGCAUGAGCGUCCCUCUGUCGAUACGGGCCUGCAGCCUUCCAGCCCUCAUAAUACGGUUCUCGAUUUACACACCUCUGAGGCACCCAUCCAUGUGACGGCUCAUAACUUUGGGCUUACUCUAGCCGCUGCCGGCUUAGAAGACUGCACUAUCGACGGAGUCUUGAAUAUCUAUGCCGUCAAACGAGUGCGUCGCCAGAUGAGCUUCAGCGCAGGAUCAGGAUCAGGCAAAGAUGCUAUCUAUCAGCAAGGCCCAGCCUGGGAGCUCCCUCUAGGCCAGUCCGAGAGGGGUCUAGCUAAUUUUCUCUCCUCCCUGCGGGCCUUUGCGGGGCUCACCAAUGCCCGUCACAUGGCGGCUGCAGAGCAAGAUGCCGUUCUCCAUGUCCUCAUGUUGUUGACGAAAUUUCCGCCAGCUGUUCGAGCAAUACACGUGCUCAUACGUGGGGAGACACCUGAUCCUUCAGAGCGUGCUGCUAUUGUACAGUGCUUCAACGAAGUCCUGAAGACGAUAAUUUCCCCUCCCGUCAUCAAAUCCGACCACACGCGUUUUCUCGAAGGCUCCCGCCUUCUCUUCGGACUUAUUCUAGAGAAGGCGAAGCAUCUGAAGGUCUCCAUGCACGAUCAAGAAGGCAAAUUACCUUACAUAGAUUCAAUCAAGGUGCAUGAUCUUCGAAACUGGAUUACCAUGGAGCCGGUAGUUACACCACUCCAGACCGCAUCCGGCCUAGUCGAUCGUGGCUUCUAUGAGGCUUUCAACGAGGGAGGCCUCCUCAAGUGGACGAAUGACAACAAUACGAGUCAAGCCAAGACCUUCGAUCGGAAGCUCAAUCGCGCUUGUUUACUAUCAGGUGGCGUAAAGCCGCAGGUUCUGGGCUUUGACAUUGACUCCGUCAAUUCCAGUCAUCGCUACGCCGACAAAGGAGAUGUCUCCAAGGUUAUUGCUGCUGCUGAAUACUCUGACCUCCAAUACCUGGCAGGCCUUUGUAGCCGAAACAAGCUCGGCGUCAUCCAUCCGUCUGCACUUCCGUCUGCGGAUCCACCGGUCCUUACUCUUGACCGCGUGGGCCUCCUCGCUGUAUACGUGGGCCGGCAGGCUUGCGGGGAGGCUGGACGAGAUAUCAACAUGUUCCGCCCCACGAGCAACGUCGUCGAGGAAGCGGUCGACGUAUCGAUUAUCACACAGCUGUUAAUCCCCAUUAUUGAGCGUCGAACGGCAGACGGAACGGCAGUCUUCGAAGCGUUUGGCGACCAGAACCGACAGCUCAAGAACCCAGAUGAGGUAGUUAUCCUAUGCGUAGAUGCAAGCGCCAGCAUGAAUGACCGUUGCGGCUUUAUGGACGUCGAGGAAAGUGAGGAUGCGGUGGAUGACCUGGAGAAGAGCAUGGCCAAUGACGACACUGACUCGGAGGUUGAAGAUGCGCAAUUCGAUCGGCCCGCGCUCGAUGAAUUGAAGGAGUUCCUCACCUCUCACGAAUCGUUCGACGAUUUCCUCGCCAUUACUCAGACCGGAACUGAUGACUACCAUCGGCACAAGAACGCGGAGAAGGUCCUGUCUAUUCUCCGAGGUCUUGCUCAACAGCAGAUUGAAGAGAAGGCCAAGGCUCUCGAGAACGCGCAGCGCCGAGAGACAAGCUACUACUAUCGCCAGAAGGCUGCGGGCAUAGAACGGGAUCUUGCCACGCUUAAGAACCGUUCCCUUCGGCUACAGCAGUACAAGGACGCCUUGGUCGCCUUCCUACUCUAUAGAGCAGAGAACCGCGUCUUGGAUGAUCCUUUAACCUGGUCAAUUGGAGAAGACGUCCCACAAAUCCCUAAGAAGUCACGCGUUCCCUCAAGCAAUACCCCGAAAUUCGAAAUUCCAGCGGAAUUUCUGUGUCCUAUCUCCACAGAGCCGAUGGAGGAUCCGGUGACUACGAUUGACAACUUCACGUACGAGCGGAAGAACAUCGAGCGAUGGUUUCAGACUCAUGAGACAUCUCCCUGUACAAACCUAGUUCUGGAUAGCUUUGAUCUGCGGCCAAAUUAUGCCGUCAAGCAAGCAAUCGCUGCUUGGAUCAGCGGAGACGACAUCACUUCGAAGUAUCCGCCAACACGUGGCCACUUCAAUGUCUGCUUCAAAUUGCCCCUCAGCACGCUGACCACAAUUUUGCCAUCAGGCAUUAGCAUGGAUGACGUGUACCAGAAGGCGUUCCGGGCAGGCAAGGGACGAUAUCCAUCAUUCGUCUUGCAUCAUCGCAAUGCUUUACUGCUCCCGUCUCAAGAAGUUGCGAUGCCCUACAUCCAUAGCACUGAUGCGGUCGUCGUUAUGCCCAUCGAAGCCGGCACAGCCUCAAGUACGAGCGGCGGGCACGAAGAUCUCUGUCUAGUCAAAGUCUAUCGUGGCUACGAACACGCUGUUCUCUCGUACUGGGAGCCGAAGGCCACGACUAAAACUAUGGCCUCGGUGGUCUUCAGACUAUAUCGCCAUGCGUUCCGUGAGAACCCGUGGUCUGCCGUCGGCGAUCCCUUCACCAUAUGGACUAAUAUUACGUAUACAGGCGAUAACCAUUACCAUGGGCACACACAACAUCAUUGGGAGCUACUUUCGCACUUCUUCAAUCGUGAGUAUGCGAUCGGUCGACUCCUCAACGAGGCUGUGUACGACGGAAAAGACGACGAAGGGGAUCAUGGCUCUACCAAUCCGACCGACUCGCGAGGCCCUCAGCCACUCGUCUUAAGGCUGAUGCUGGGGAGCACUCCCGGUAAGGUCAACCACAAGGUCCUAACCCGCUUGGAUGUCCUGAAGCAGAUGUUCGAUGCAUAUGUCAACCGGCUGCUUGCGUACGGCUUCCAGACUCAUGUUGGUCUCAUUACGUUCAGAUCCGCUGCUUCUCUGACUCAGAACGUAACGCAUGCCGUCGAAAACUUCCGCCACCAACUCAACAAUAUCAUCGCCUCAGGUGAUACCGCCUUGUGGGAUGCCAUCAUGCUCGGACGCGAUACGCUCUUGCAGUAUGCCACGAAAUAUCCCAAAGCCAAAUUGCGCAUCAUCUGUCUCUCGGAUGGAGAGGACACGAAGUCAAAGCAGCGAGUUCACGACGUUGCUCUCAGUCUCAUUCAUGAUAGAAUUAUCGUCGAUUCAUUCUGCCUAGGCGAGGAGCAGAACAUCUCCCUGAAAACUCUAUCAUACUUGACGGGCGGUUACAAAUUCGAGCCAGACCAAAUGGAGCACGCCAUGGCAAUCUGCGAGAUGGAGCCUGUCCUCUCUAGCUUGGAACGACCCGACAUCGUUCUCCCGAACUUGGCCAAGCGCUUCUACUCCAACCCUCUGCUCCAGUUUGAGCAGGCAAAGACUGAAGUCCGAGUUGACGCGGUGACUAGGGAUACGUUCCCGCGACGAAAGGAGCAUCCGCUUCUUUCGCAGUCCUUCGUUGAACUGGGCCGCUUCACCCGCGGCUUUAGCAUCGCGAACCGAAGCGACAGCAACCUGAGGCUAGCACGCAUCCACAACGAGAUCCGUAAUUCUGGAGCCAAGGUCCACCCGCACUACGACAUCUAUAUCUGCGAGUCGAACUUCAGCUUCUGGAAAGUCGUGAUGCAAGGCCCACCAGGCAGUACUUAUGCGGACGGUACAUUCUGCCUCUACCUAGAGAUGGCCGAGGACUACCCGACUUUCCCACCAAAGGGCCGCUUCAUGACCCCAAUCUACCACCCGAACAUCAACCGCCACGGACGGAUUUGUCACUCCAUCUUUGACCGAAACUGGACGGUUGAUACCACGAACAAGGACGUCAUCGACACGGUUUACUCUCUACUACUUGUUCCGGAGUUUAGUGACCCAAUCAAUACCGUCGUCACGCUCAAUUACCAUUGGGAUGAAGUACAGUUUAAGGAGGAGGCUCAGCGUCACAUCCAGAAGCAUGCAAGCAAGAACCGGGCUCAGUGGAAGCGCGAGAUCGCCGCUGGGUAGGCGUGAAUACCCUGCGGCAAGGGCAAACGAUAUGAAAGACAGGCGUGACGAGUGUGUGAGUUGGCUUAGGCGGUGAGCAUAGUCAUAUGGGGAUUUCGUAGCCCAGGAGAAAGCCAGGUCUUGAGUUACAGACCGAGAAUCCCUGACUUAAUGGUGCACACGUCACGUGACGGAUCUGCAUACCCAGUAUU